CUCUUUCCCCUCCACCUCUCUCUCCCCUCCACCUCUCUCCCUCCCCCUCCCUACCUGUCCUUCCGUCCCUCUGUCUCUCUCUCCCCCCUCCUCCUCCCGCUCUCCCGCCCCGCGCGCCCGCUGGUGUUUUUCGACAAGAUGGCGUCGGGCGGUGCAGCGAGGAACGGCAGCCUCCCUCAGCCCUCGCCGCCGCCGCCUCAGCAGCCUCAGCAGCCUCAGCAGCAGCAUAAAGCCGGCUCGGCCAGGAUCGGCUACUACGAGAUCGAGAGGACCAUCGGCAAGGGCAACUUCGCCGUGGUCAAGUUGGCCACUCACAUCGUCACCAAGGCUAAAGUUGCGAUAAAGAUAGUAGAUAAGACACAGCUGGAGGAGGAAAACUUGAAGAAGAUCUUCAGAGAAGUUCAAAUCAUGAAAAUGUUAAGGCACCCUCACAUUAUUAGGUUAUAUCAGGUUAUGGAGACGGAUAGAAUGAUUUAUUUGGUGACAGAGUAUGCAAGUGGUGGGGAGAUAUUUGAUCAUCUUGUGGCCCACGGACGAAUGGCAGAGAAAGAAGCCCGAAAGAAAUUCAAGCAAAUUGUUGCAGCUGUCCAUUUUUGUCACUGUCGAAACAUUGUACAUAGAGACCUGAAAGCUGAAAACUUGCUCCUGGAUGCCAACCUUAACAUAAAGAUUGCAGACUUUGGAUUCAGUAACAUCUUUACACCUGGACAGUUGCUGAAAACAUGGUGUGGGAGUCCACCGUACGCAGCUCCUGAGCUGUUUGAAGGAAAAGAAUAUGAUGGCCCAAAAGUGGAUAUUUGGAGCUUGGGUGUGGUGUUAUACGUGCUAGUAUGUGGGGCAUUACCAUUUGAUGGCAACACACUCCAGAACUUGCGGGCCAGGGUACUAAGUGGAAAAUUUCGAAUUCCAUUCUUCAUGUCCACAGAAUGUGAACACUUGAUCCGACAUAUGCUUGUGUUAGAACCAAGUAAACGCCUAUCUGUGGAACAGAUCUGCAAACAUAAAUGGAUGAAAAUAGGUGAUCCUGAUCCAGAGUUUGACCGGUUAAUAACAGAAUCUAAGCAAGUCAAAGUGGAAAUCAAGACGGAGCCUCUGAAUGAACAAGUACUCAUAUACAUGACGGAAUUGGGUUUGGAAAGAGAACGCACACUGCAGUCAUUGAAGACAGAUGCCUAUGAUCACUUCAGUGCAAUUUACAGUCUGCUGUGCGACAAAGUAAAGCGGCACAAGACGUUGCGCAUAUCUGCACCUCCAAGUGUUCCUCGCUCUAUGCCUUUCCAGUCACCUGCAAACGUCCAGGCUGAGCAGACGGGUAACACAUUGAGUCUAAAUGUGCCACAGGUGCAGCUCAUUAAUCCAGACAACCAGAUAGUACAGACUGAUGGCAACAUGAAUCUAGACAGCGAUGAAGGUGAAGAACCGUCACCAGAAGCGUUGGCACGAUAUCUCUCAAUGAGGAGACAUACUGUUGGUGUUGCUGAUCCCAGAACUGAAGUUCCAGAAGAUCUACAGAAAUGCCACCUGCCUGGUUUUCCACGUACUGUGCCUCAGGCUCCUUUCCUGCAAGUUGUUCCAAAUGUUAAUUUAAUGCAGAACAUGCUUCCCAUGCAGAAUUUACAGCCAGCCACACAGCUGGAGUACAAGGAACAAUCCUUACUUCAACCUCCAACGCUACAGUUGCUAAAUGGUAUGGGACCCCUCGGCCGACGUGCUUCGGAUGGUGGGGCCAACAUACAGCUGCACGCCCAACAGUUACUAAAGCGUCCAAGAGGUCCUUCACCAUUGGUCACCAUGAAUCCGCAUGCUGUGCCAGUCGUUACACCAGUGGAUGAGGAGGGCUCAGAUGGUGAGCCAGAUCAGGAAGCUGUGCAAAGGUAUCUGGCUAACAGGUCUAAACGUCAUUCUCUCGCAAUGACCAAUCCUACAGCUGAGGUUCCCCUAGAUUUGCAGAGGCAGCUGGGACAGCAGCAGGCAAUCCGUUCACGGGCUUGGGUUCCUCACCCUGAGCAGCACAGCCGUGUUUGCUACAAAGACCCCAACACCCUGCACCUUCCAACAGAAAGAUUCUCUCCAGUUCGCCGUUUCUCAGAUGGCGCUGCUACCAUACAGGCGUUCAAGGCUCAACUGGAGAAAAUGGAGAAAAGCACAAAUACAAACAGUAGUAUAAAGCAGCUGCAGCAGGAAUGUGAACAUUUGCAAAAGAUGUAUGGGAAUGCAAUGGAUGAAAAUAUAUUUGAGAAGACACAACAACAACACAUACUUUACCAACAAGAACAGCAACAACAAAUCCGACACCAGCAGAUUCAGGAAUGUAUUCGGCCCGCUCAGCCUUCACCUCCAUUGUCAACAGCAUCGUUGGUACAACAUGUGGAAAACCAGCCAGCAUUAAUCACUCACCAGCUCCAAAGGUUACAAAUUCAGCAUGAACAGUCAAGCCCCCCUCCGAACCAUCCCAACAACCAUCUCUUUAACAAGUCUAAUAACAGUCCUCCACCAUGCACCACAGCCAUCAUGCAGUCCAGCAGUUGUGCUGCCUCUCCAUCCCAGUUUCAAGGCAUACCAUCCCAACAUGCUCUGUAUCAACAGCCCAGUAAUAGCCCCCCUCCCCCAAACCUUAAUCUUCCUCGAAUGAAUUUACAGCCUGGAUUGCCACAACAGCCGCAAACACAGCCAGUUACAAUUCAAGUCCAGGAACCAUCUGAAAUACACAGUAACAACUUGCUACAAGGCGCUGGGCAGAAUAUGCACACCACGCAUCCCCGCGGAAUUAUCAGUUCAGGAAAUCAGAUGCCCCUUCAACAGAGAGGGAUGCACAUGCCAUCUCUUGGGCUUGGACAACACAGGGCCUUGGCAAAGCAACUGAGUGCGGACAGUGCAGAGGUAAACAGUCGACCUAUUAGUCGAUUUUCUCCUUUGAGCUACGAUCAGACGCAUUUGCACCCUCACCUUUUCCCGGAGCAGUUCCGAUUUUUAACUAACAACUUCAACCCUGCAACAGCAAUGUUUUCCCAAGGCAUGAAAAUUGCACAGAUGGACUCGCUUUCAAACUAUAACCAGAACAUAGCUGGCAAGGCCGCCAUGCAGCAUGAACAUCAGCAACAAGAUUUCACAGCUUCAUCACUACAUCAGGCAUUGCUUUCUCCAACGCCAUCUGACUACACAAGACACCAGCACGUUUCACAGCAGUAUGGCCAUAUGAUUCAGGGACUGCUAUCACCCAGGCACUCUUUGACAGGCCAACAGGACCUGCGCUUACCUCCUGCUGAAAUGUCACGUUUAUUAAAACGUCACCAGCGGCAGCAACAACAACAACAGCAUGAAUAUGAUUUGCUGAGGCACAUGAACCAAGGAGUGGGGGAUGCUGGAAAUAUGACUGCCAACUUAUGUGGGCAGCAGCAGACGUUAUCAGAGCGACAAACAUUAACUAUGCCUUAUCAGAAUACAGAAACGUAUCAUCAGCAUCACUUGGUCAGAGGCCAAGAUCAUAUUCCACAACCCCCAUCCCAAGGCCACAGUUUUGUACAUCACCCGCCACUGAUGCAUUCAGAGAGCAUGGAGGAGGACUGUGUGAGUGAGGGGAACAGGGAAGGGUAUCAGGACAAUACAGACUCAACUGACACGUCCACCAAAUGCUGCCAAGAGAAUACAGUGCUGCUCAAUGCCAUUAGGUGUGGCGCUGCAGAGACACUACUAGCAAAUGUGAAUCAUGUGCACAAAAUGGGUGUUUCACAGCCUUAUAGUCAUCAGGCAGCCCCUGGCUUUGCCGGAAACAAAGCACCAAGCAGAGAAUCCAUGACAGGGGAUCGAAUGGAUGGAAGGGCUCCUAUGCAGCCGAUGGAAGUAAAUGAUCACAAUGGAGUUGAUUACACGAAAAGACAGUCAACAAGAACCCUCCAAAGGCAUCACACCAUUCAGACCAGUGAAGAUGCUUAUGACCAGGCAGAGCUGUCGGGGAUGAGUUUAUUAGCUGGAAAGGUGCUUAGCUCUGCUCGUAUGUCAGAUGUUCUUAGCCAAUCAUCACUCACGGGGAGCCAACAGCUGCAGAACAGAGAGAGUGAAGAGCAUGAUGGAUGUUCGCAGAGUUCUGCUGAUCUAAAUCCAGGGGAGGGCUCACAUUCAAACAGUUCUUGCUACCCGGCCAAAUGCAUCACUGACAUCCUCAAAGAACUGAAUCCACCAUUUGACAACAAACUGCGUCCCUACAAACAUCCUGAUUUGGGCUUUGGAAUGGAGCAAGCAGGAGUGUAGCGGAUAGAGUGACGAGUGUGUUCAGCUUUGAGGUGAAAGGUCCAUUUUGCCAAUAGUAUCUAUCAGCAUCACGCCCAAACUUCAUUGUAUUUCUUUCCAGCACAAUAUCGUGACUCGUCCGCUGUCAGUUGAGUGGUUGCGCUACUUGCCACACCUGUCAGUACCAGUCAUGUGGAGAAGAGAAGACUGAAGUUUUCAAGAUUACAGAAGUGAAAGUGCAAACAGCCGUGGCUCCCAGGCAGUCUGAUAUGUCAAGCCCUCUCCUGACCUGGACCUGCCGAAAUAAAGAAGCCACCAAGCCCUGUGAUGUCACUUUAUGCAGGGAGAGUAACUGAGUAGUUCAGUAUGCGCCCUGACGCCUAACUUACUCUGUGAGCAAUAAGACUGCUUGCUGUCCCUCUGGUACUCCUCCAUUUUCAAUUUUUUUGCCUAACAGUGGUGCAAUAUGCUUUGUUUUCAUGUUUCUUUACCUGUGUUGAUCACUGUGCUUUCUUUCUCUUGUUAAUAUCUGCGUCAUUUACCAAAAAAAAGUGUACGGCCAUUUCUUUUAAAGCAAGUUAGAUUUUAUGGUUUUUAUUUCCCAGUCAAGUAGAACCUGUUAUGUUACUUUAAGAUAUGAAUUAAAUGAACUGUGUUAAAAAGGAAAUUGUCAAAAUAGAUGAUUUUGUUAUAUUUGAAUUGUAACUUGCACCUUUGUUAAAGUAUUUUACCCUUUUUAUGGCAUUGUAAUUGUGACUUGUUUCCUUGUGCCAGGUGAAACUUGUUAAUGUUAACCCUUUGAGAUAUCACAGUGCGUAUUAUGUUUCUAUGUCUUUUUUUUAUAUAUAAGACACCUAGAGCCUGCCAAAAAAAAAAAAAAAGACCAGGUUUUGGGCCACUUUCUGAACUCUAAAAAUUUAUCAGAAAAAAUAAAUUUAGAUUGAAAGAUUUAUCUGCUUCCAAAAGCAUAAGAAGCAGGACUUUGAAAGGAAUUUGCACGAAUGGAUAGAGAGACUACAGCUAACCCAGUCAAGCAGUGUUGAACUGUGAUUUUAGUAAUCAUGGUUUUUUUUUAAAAACAAAAAAUGUAGCUUAGGACAGAAAUUUUUUAGACCUAAUUGAAAAUUAAAAUAUCAACCAUUUAUCUGCUUCUAAACUACAUAUCUGUCCAACUUUUGUCAUUUGUAAAUUUUUUUUGUUACAUUUAUUUGAUGAAAAAAAUGUCAAAAACUUGAUAUUCAGCUGUUUAACGGGAAGGUACCAAGAAAACACUGAAAGCUUUUAUUGUAUGUAUCUUUUCUUUGUUUACAUGACACUGUACUUAUGGGAGAGUCAACUGCCAAUCCAAGGAAAAAAAAUAAGAACAGAAAUGCAGUGCCAUCUCUCAUCUGUAACUCAUUUUUAAUGUUGCUUUGUAUUGUAGUAAUCAAUACGCAGUAUAUGUUGAAUGUAUAUUAAUAUACUUUGCUAUUUCUGUUUCGGAAAUGUUGAAAGUACUUUUUUCUUGUUUAUGUUGGACAAAAGUUUCAGUGAUCUAGUACACUGUGGGUCACUUGCAACUAGUAAUUUAGUUGAAAAGUGGGAUCAUGACAAAUAAAACCUAUGUAAUUUGA